AUGACCAAUGCUCUAUUCGAUCAAGAUGCAAAUAAUCAACGAAUUAUGGUGAUAUCUGGUAUGGGAGGCAGUGGCAAGACGCAACUGCCUGACGCAUUUAGGUUCCGUCAUAUUCUAUUUCUGGAUGCUAGCUCCGAAACUAGUAUUCGACAUAGUAUAGGUCAACGAGUUCGUUCUUUAGGACAUGCGUAUGCACGCAAGACCGCCGAAGAAGCUUUACAAGUGCUGUCUGAGCCAGAUGAAGAAAUAUCAACCAACUGGGCAAUCAUUUUCGACAACUGCGACAACCUGAAGAUCGACAUCUCUUCUUUCUUUCCACAAUGCGAUCAUGGAUUCAUUAUUAUCACUACUCGUAAUCCCCAGCUCGGCUCUUUAUCGCCCGGUGCACACGUUGCAGUCGGUGUCAUGUCGCCCGAAGAGGGUAACCUCGCAUUACUUAAAUCGGCACUUGGAGAAUCCCGACCCACCGAAAGUGAGAUCGGACAUGCUUUAGCGAUAGCCAAAGGAUUGGAAUACUUGCCCGUGGCACUCAUCCAAGCUGGAUCGUUUAUCAAGCGUCAACGAUGCUUACAUAACUAUCUCGACAAGCUCAAGAGGAAUCGAUCCAAUAUUCUCCAACGAAAGGCGAUGGGACAACGGGACCGGCAUUAUCAUUGUGUCUAUGACACCUUAGAGGUCACUUAUCCAGAGCUAACGAGACAAUGUCAAAUGUUCCUAGGUCUUCUAUCUUUCGUCAACUAUAGUGGAUUCUCGUUGACAUUGGUUCAUCGAGCGGCAAGAAACGGCUUUCGAUUCGAGCCGGCUGAUCUACUGGACCGUGGUGCGCAAUUCGAAGAAGCAAUCCGAACAUUACAUGAAAUAUUGAUCCCAGGAGCGGUAUGGGACGAGCAAUUUCUGGACGAUCUCGUAGAAGAGUUAGAACAAUACUCCCUCAUAACUCGAGUGGACGUUUACAACCAACCGACGCUACGAAUGCAUUGUCUGGUAAAUGCAUGGGCUUAUGAUCGGCUCUCAGAUCGGGAUAGAGACAAAUACCGCUCUGCUAUAGUUCGCCUGUUGAUUAGCGCAACCAGUGAAGAUAACCAAGACAUGUACGAAUUUUUGAUUCCUCAUCUAGAUGAGAUAUCCUCUAUAUGGGGAUCUUUACAUGUGAAUGACCGAUUCGGUCUGGUCAAGGUGCUAUUCCAUGCCAGAAGGAUCGAUGAUAGCGUACCACUUGCCGAAAAUAUUUCUCAAGAAGUCAUCGAGAGGGAUGGUCAAAGGACAUUUCGUACUAUCCCAGCUUUCCUCCUACUAUCAGAAAUCUAUUGGAAUAAUCCAGAGGAGACACUAUUUAGAAAAGCUUUUCCUAUGGAUAUAGAGACUGUCAAUAUUCUUUCAGAGCUAGUCCCCGAGCACCACCCACUCGUCUUAAAAACCUAUGCUCAGCUAGCCAAACAAUUUUUCUUAUCGGGCCAUCACAAAGAAGCCGAGGUCGCCCAAAGGGAGAUACUGGGAGCACUAGAGAAUUUCACAGAGGUAGAUGUCGAGUUAUCUCUACAGGUCAUGAAAGACCUAGCGAUGACAUGCGCUAAUGAUCAAGUACAAAAGUACGAAGAAGCGAUGGAACUGUCGAUAAUGAUCUUGAAGAAACGCAUGGAGAUCAAUGGUAAGGAUCAUUGGAAAACAGUUGUUGCCGGGCAAGAGUUGGCUGCCUUCUACUUUAUGGCAUUUAUAAGGGACGUGGAGAAUUUCUAUAAACAUGGCAAGCUUCGCAAUCCUGAAACGAUCAAGGAGGCAAUCACUCUCUUCGAAGAUAUAGUGCAAAGAAAGGAGGUACUCCGUGGACCUAAGCAUCCGGACACCCUGGAAGUAAAGCUAGCACUGGGAAUGGCCUAUGCACGAGCUGGAUCCGUUGAGGCCACUUUACUAUUGAAGGAAUUAAUCGAAAUAAUGACUGAUCUGCAUGGCUCCAAAGAUCCAAGAGUCAUUGGUUUGAAAGAGCAUUUGUGGUGUGCCCUCACCCAAGGACAGAAUCCGCAGGAUCUACUGCAUAUUGUGGUCCAUAAAGUUGGACGGAUUGCCGAUGGGGUUGAAGAAGGGGAAGAUCCACUAAAAGACUAUAUGCAGGCGGUGAGAGCCGAGCUCUUCAAAGCCAAAUGUAACGAAGCCGAGGUCCUUCAGCUCUCGAGGGAGAUCCUGGCUUCCAAACAGGAAGUUUUGGGACCCAAACAUCCGGAGACAAUCGAAUUCUCAAGAGGCUUGACUUUCUUAUUCUCCUUACUCUCACGACAUGAAGAGGCAAUCGGCCUAUGGGGUGGGGUGGUCAAAAAUUUUGGGCCAAAUGACCCAAACAGGGAGGACGCACAGGCAUUUUUAGAGGUGAUUGAAGCGAUCAAGGAUAAGGACGAGGAGGCUUAA